AUGGCUCACAAGCAAAAAAUUAAAAACAAUAUAAUUAAACAAUAUAACAACUUUGCAACCAAUAUCACAAAGAUGAUAAACAAACCACAAGAAAUCAAAAAAGAAAUUAAAAAAUAUUUUGAAGAAUAG